CACAGUUGCGACACUUAAAAAAAAAACUUAUUGAAUUAAGAACUACAUUUCCCAUAGUGCAACUCCUCCGUGGUGACGCCUGUGACAGUUCGAGUUGAUUUUUGACCCAGGGAAGUCAACGUACACUGAUUUGGACAAAAACUGUGUAAGACACUGAUGGAAACUUGCACACUGCGGUGUAAGACCUUCAGAGCUGUUGGGAUCAUGCAGUGAUUUGCUCCUGGCACUGACUGGUGGAUCGGGACACUGCGUCCUCUCUCCUGCUGGGUCUCUCUCGUGUCCGAUGCAAGGAUGGCGGCAGACGUCCACAAUAAGGGUGCACUCUGGGAGGUUAAAAAUGGCAGCUUGGUGCCACCAGAUCGACUCCGACAGGAACGAUCGGAGAGUCCGACCCCAGGGCUGGUGGAGGGGACAGAACCAGGCGCCGGACAGGAGGGCGCCAUGUUCGUUCACGCGCAGUCAUUCGAGGACCUGACUGCUGACAGCGAACCCAACACUAAUAACAAAGCUGCAGAGGAGGGAGACUCCAAUCUAGAGAAUGCUCGAGAAAAAACUCUGGAAGGAGGUGAGGAAGAGGCGCAGGAGGCAGGUUUAGCGGACGAACAGGUGGAAGCAGGGAAAGAGGAGGUGAGGCACAGCAACAAGACUAAAGAGGAGGACGUGACGAGUGAAACAUGGCGGAGUCACAGGAAGCACGUGUUUGUCUUGAGUGAGGCAGGGAAGCCCAUCUAUACACGAUACGGAACAGAAGAAGCGCUCUCCAGCAUCAUGGGAGUCAUGAUGUUACUUAUGUCGUUUGUAGAGGAUAAGAAGAACAUCAUACGCUCCAUCCACGCAGAUGGCUACAGGGUGGUGUUCCUGCGGAAAAGCCCUCUCAUCCUCGUGGGAGUCUCUCGCACUAACUGCUCCGACCGGGAAUUGACACGAGAGCUUCAGUACGUCUACUACCAGAUCGUUAGCCUGCUCACCCUCACGCAGCUGAACCACGUCUUCCAGCACCGGCAGAGCUACGACCUGCGCCGCCUGCUGGCCGGCUCGGAGCACCUCACCGACAACCUUCUGCGGCUCCUCGACCGAGAUCCGGGGCUGCUGCUGAGCGCCGUCAUGUGCCUGCCCCUGGCCAGCUCGGCCCGCGACGCCGUCUCCUCCAGCUUGCAGGCCGCUAAAGCCAAGAGUCUGGUGUUCUCCAUCCUGCUAGCGGGAAACAGGCUGGUGACGCUGGUGCGCAAGAAAGACCAGUUUCUGCACCACAUGGACCUGCACUUGCUCUUCAACCUGGUCGGCUCUUCGUCUUCCUUCCGAGAAGGUGAAGGAUGGACGCCAGUAUGUCUGCCCAAGUUUAACCCAGCUGGGUUUUUCCACGCGCACAUUUCUUACCUGGAGCCGGCCUCGGAUCUGUGUCUUAUCCUGGUGUCCACAGACCGCGAGGAUUUCUUUAACCUUUCCGACUGCAAGAAGCGGUUCCUUGAGCGAUUACGCAGACGCAGUGCAUAUCAGUCCCUGCAAGAAGCACUGAACACGCCAAGUUAUCCAGUCUCACAGGUUGGCAUACCUGAGCUGAGACACUUUGUGUACAAGUCUAAAAGCUCUGGGCUCUAUACAAGCCCUGACCUUCCGGCACCGUACCAGACAGAAGAGGAGCAUGAGAGGCUGAUGGGAUUGUACCAGCACCUGCACAGCUGCCUGCAUCACCCCACGCGUCCCCUGCGCUACAUUUACCGCUGCACGGAGACAGAAAACCUUUACGCCUUGGUAACGAGUGGUUUCGAGCUCUACCUCUGUUUUAGUCCUCUGGGAACGAAGGGCCUGGCUGUGUCUGCCGUCAAUAAACUCCUGAAGUGGAUCAGGAAGGAGGAGGAUCGUCUGUUCAUACUCAGUCCGUUGACAUACUGAGCCGGUUCGGACUGUUCUGAAACACUAGUGGACAUCUGUCCCCAAAUUGCUGAAAGAGCAGCAUCUGUGACAUUACUUGAAUGAAUAAGGAUGUAAAUCGACGCUGUCAGAUAUUAAGGGCUUGAUUGCUGUUUUGAGGGCUACCCGUGCUUGUUGAAGCGGUUGUCAGAGUAUAAAAUAUGCUACUUCGAGAUCAAAUCUUUUAAACGCGGCCCUGUAACUAGCAGCAGAGCAUUGAAUGCAGUAGAUUAGUGCUAACAAUCGAGUAAAUUCUCACAAUGUUUUUGUUGGACACUAAACGUCUAGGCCCUGUGCUUUUUACCAGACCAGUCACUGUUUCAACUUCACAUCCAUGCUUUUAAAUGAGCCGACAAUGAGUAACAAGUAUUACUGAUUUCUUAAAUUCGUUACCGAGCUGCGGCCUUUACAUUUCCUUGUUUGCAUGAGAAGAUAAACUGUUCAUAUCAUAUUUAGAAUUUCCAGCCUGGUGACGUGUAUAUCCUGCAAGUGUGGUUUGGUGGGACUAAAAUGUACUUCCUCGCUAACAAAACUGACUUUAUCUAUAUAACAGGCUUUUUAUUUUAGAGUUGUGAUUGAGCAUGUGCAAACGACACCAAAAGCAUGGCUCGACUUGAAGAGGAAUCCAGGAAUGAAUUAGUUUGUAUAAAGUGUGUCAUUGUGUCAAAUGUUUUAUGUGUUGCUACUGAGAGCUUCCCCAGAUCCCUAAAGGACCAAUCAGAGAUACCUCUAAAGCAAUGUUCUCUUUUAUGUUUCAUAGAUGUACUUGAUUGUUAAUGCGUUGCUAAUGCUUUAAUUUGAUUGGACAGGAUAUGCGACGCUGUUUCAGGAGGACUUCUAAUGUACUGCUCGUUUAUUGUUCUAAUUUUAUGGAAAAAAAAUCAUAGAUGGGUAGAUGACUCGAGGGAACUAGGUUGAAAUUUGCACAUUUCGUGUUUCAGAUGUAUCGGCGGUGGCGGUGGCACUCAUGUUUAUGUUUACGUCUAGAGCUAUUUUGACACUGGGCAUCAAAAAAAAAACUAUCAAAAGAAAUUAAACCUUUAUAAAGACA